UCCUCCGGCAGCCUCAUCCUCUCCCUCUCUCUCUCUCUCUCGUUCUCUCCCCCUCUCUCUCUUCCCUUGGAGACUGUCGGGAUCUCUGUCUUUAUCUAUUUAUUUAUAAAUCCAGAUCCCAUUUCCUAAAAAUCGUCGCAUAAUUAUAAUCUCCUCUGUUUUCGACAAUUCUUGAAAUGGGCGCUUACAGAGCCGAUGAUGAUUACGAUUACCUGUUCAAGGUGGUGCUGAUCGGCGACUCCGGCGUCGGAAAAUCCAAUCUCUUGUCCCGUUUCACUCGAAACGAAUUCAGCCUCGAGACCAAAUCGACCAUCGGGGUUGAAUUCGCGACUCGUAGUAUUCGCGUCGAUGACAAGAUCGUCAAGGCUCAGAUUUGGGACACUGCCGGCCAAGAAAGGUACCGAGCGAUUACGAGCGCGUAUUAUAGAGGAGCGGUAGGAGCAUUGAUAGUGUACGACGUGACGAGGCACGUGACAUUUGAGAAUGUGGAGAGAUGGCUGAAGGAGUUAAGAGGGCACACGGAUCACAACAUAGUGAUAAUGCUGGUAGGGAACAAAGCGGAUUUGCGGCACCUGAGGGCAGUGUCGACGGAGGACGCGCAGGCAUUUGCAGAGAGGGAGAGAACAUAUUUCAUGGAGACAUCAGCAUUAGAGUCAUUCAACGUCGAGAAUUCCUUCACGGAGGUUCUCACGCAGACCUACAGAGUGGUGAGCAGGAAGAUCCUUGACAUUGGAGAUGACCCGACAGUCCUGCCUAAGGGACAGACCAUUGACAUUGGCUCCAAGGAUGAUGUCUCUGCCGUUAAGAAGGCUGGCUGCUGUUCUUCAUAACAAUCUUCAAAAUACUUAAAUGAAUUCA